GAAGGUCGUUGACCUUCGCCGACAACGAGGACAGUUUGUGAUGCAUGCGGGUCGUUGCGUCUCCUCAAUGUCGUUCGUAUGAAGCUGUAAAGAAGAGGUAAUAUUGUCUUUACUUGAGGGUUAUGCAAAGGAGUCGUGGGGAAUUCAGACAGGAUCUGUGAUUUCUUUUGGUAUCAUUGGGUGGAAGAUGUUGAGAUUGACUGAGCAUUGAUUGGAACCGACAACUAGCCUUGAAGGUUGUGGAGGAGCUGCUCAAGAUGGCUGGCAACUUCUGGCAGAGUUCCCACUGCAAUCAGUGGAUACUAGACCCCCAGAUCCUGAUGAGGGACAGGCAGAAGGACCUAAUGAGCAUUUCAGAGGAAGAGUACCAGAAAGUCAUGAUCUUCUAUUGUAAUAUCAUGCAGGCCAUCGGAGAGCAGCUAAAAGUGAGGCAGCAGGUCAUAGCCACGGGCAUGGUGUACUUCAAGCGCUUCUAUGCCAAACAUCCCCUUAACAGCAUAGAUCCUUUGCUGGUUGGGCCAACAAGUAUAUUCUUGGCGUCCAAGGUAGAGGAGUUUGGCGUAAUAACCAGCAGCAGACUCAUGAAUGCUUGCCAGUCAGUAGUGAAGAAGUUUGCUUAUGCCAUUCCAAAUCAGGAGUUUCCCUUCAGAAUGACUCAGGUUUUAGAGUGUGAAUUUUUCCUCCUUGAAAUAAUGGACUGUUGUCUGAUUGUAUUCCAUCCAUACCGACCUCUCAUGCAGUACGUAGCUGACCUUGGACAGGAGGACAUACUAUUGCCCCUAGCCUGGCGUAUCGUCAAUGACAGCCUGAGAACUGAUGUGUGUCUCCUGUAUCCGCCAUACCUCAUUGCCCUGGCUUGCUUGCACAUGGCUUGCGUGAUAUCCCAAAAGGACACCAAACACUGGUUUGCUGAGCUGAAUGUGGACUUGGACAAGGUCUUGGAGAUCACCCAGCAAAUCCUGAAGCUGUAUGAACUCUGGAAGAGCUACGACGAGAAGAAAGACAUCCCAGCUAUCCUGGCCAAGGUACCCAAGGCACAGCUGCAACCACCCCCAUCUCAGAGCGAGUCUCAGAGUGGUGCUGGUGAGACGUGACAAUGAUACCCCACCCGAAAUGAGGAAAGCCCAUUUUAAGCACUCCCUCGGCAGUUGAAGUUGUCAAGAUCAUUGGUGGAUGGCCAUAUCCUGUCUUGAAGCUGCCUGUGCGUGUUAGCAGGUCUUAACAAUUGCUACUAGUUGGUCUGUAAGUUUGACCAUUGCAGUAAAAUGGUCUAAGUGCCACAAGCCCAUCUUAAAAUGGUCAGGCUGCCUUUGGCUGGCAUUAAAUGGUCUCUGUUUGUUUUUUACAUAAUUCUCUUGAAUAUUAAAUUUUUUAUCCACCCUGAGACGAAGUGCACCCUCUCUGGCAACAGAAAGACAGACUAAAACGAAGUUUUCCAACUAAGUUCUUGCACGCGUUCAGCGUGGACACAACAACUAUUCAUUCCAGAAUAAAUUUGUUUCGCGUACUUAACGUACUCCACGUCAAACGGGCAUAAACUUGCGUGUCUAGGCUGUGAGUUCAUAUCAAAGUACUGUCAGUUUCUUUUAAAGUACGCCCUCUUCUGUUCCCACUUGGAGUGGAUUGGAAUGGAAGUUAUGCUCUGUAUUAGAAACUGCCUGAGCUGUAUUAGGUCUGCUCAUUAUUAUUGGUAGAUUAUUAUCUAUUUGAGAAGUUCAGUGAGUGUAAGGCACUGGCAUGCUCUCACUUAUUUGUAAAUGCCAAGCUGUGCUUGACUGCUCCCUGCGUUCAACCAGUUUGACCUGAGCAACUCAUACUCAUUGGAAUUGGUAAAGUGUAAACGUACAAAGCCACUCAAAAGCCAACUUCAUUGAGCCCCUCCUGCAGAAUAGUUGACUGAAACAAAUCGAUGUUCGGAGACUCUGUUUUUUGCUUGUUUUAUGGUCAGUAGAAAUUGUUGAAACUUUAUGUUUGGUUUGUGAAAUUGCUGCAACUGUCGUAAGAAAAAAAGCAUUUGGGGACAUCCUCCAUGACAUCAUUGAUGAACUGCCGGCGCCGUGAUGAAUUACUUUUGCGAUGUCAUUGAGAGGUGAUCCCUCUCUGUUGAGUGUGAUCGUUUUGCGACGUGAAGUUUGUACGAAUGUGCCUAGAGUGGAAUCCAUCACUUGAUUUUCUCAACAAAGUACUGGGAGGGUGAAGGCUGUUGUGGUCAGUAUGGAUAAUUUUGUUUUGAGGUGUUGGAAAUAGUUUUGCGCGUGUGCUUUGUUUUUAAUGAUUUACACUUAGUUAUUGAGUUUGGAAUCUGUCACACAAAGUAGGUCGCAAUAAAUAACGCACAUGUUAAACAAAGUGUGACAUCAUUACUACAUAAGCCUAUUUCGAGGAAAUCCCUCAAUUUUUAACUUCAGGUUUAACAAUCAUUGUUGUCUAUGAAUAAACUUUGCUUAAUACAGGCGAAUCCAAGAGUUUGCAACGUGUUAGCCAAUCAAAAUGCUGGAAAUCCAUCGACCCUUUCCAAACACGCAUUGGGUCGACAAAUUUCGCCCAUUAUAUUUUGCCAGUGUGUUGCAAACUCCUGGAGGUGCAAAAUUGUGAAACACUCGUAUUAGACUCUAGUGUCAGGCCCACUAACUACAGAUAGUUUUGGUUCUGCCAAUAACAGAGUUUGUAACACUCUGAACUAUUUUUUUUAUAGCCGCCAGCGUGAAUUUUUGUCGUAAACAUGAUACAGUAAGAUUUAGACAUUGGUGAAAUCAUGUAGUUGCAUUGUUGAAGUGUUGUUACAUGCCAACCAUAUUAAUGUGUUUGUAAAUGCAAUAUAUCAUUUAUCAGUACAGGGAAAUAGAUUCUGACAUGGUGUGGUUUUUAAGUUUUAUACUGAAUAUUUCAGUUGUAUAAUGGUCCAAUACAGGCAAUUCACAGUGCAGUGCGCCACCAAGAGGUUACCAAAGGCUUUUUUUUCACAAGACAUUGUGGGGAGAGAGUCGACAAGGUUGUUUUCAGUUUAUUCAGGAGUUGCUGAACUCGAAUUGUUCCUUUGUCAGGGUUGAAGAAACAAUGGAAAGUGUUUAUGAGUACAUGUAUCGUGUGCAUUUGGGCAAGGAAUGAUCAGAUCGCUUGGACAUUUCCAAGUUGUCUACAAGACAUUCACUCAAAUGAAUAUCGUGGUAAAUCGGCAAUGUUUUUGUUGACCGUAACCUUGAAAAAGUAGCUGCUCUGUGUCAACCUCUUGGUGGCAUUCCAUAUUGUGAAUCGUCGAUGGUAGAGGAAUAAUGUAAAUAUUCAAAUGACAGUUAACCUCUCUUUGCAGUGUU